AGUUUUUUUUUCUUGGCGCUAAAACCCAAAAGUUUCUAUUUCCCUCCCGCCCAUUCCCGCCGAGAAGAGAAAAGAGAAAGAAAAAAAAAAGAGAGAUACCUCGAAAGUGGAAACCUGGAAAUCUCAAAUGUCUAACAGAGCCUAGAGGGCCAACCCGAAAAAAAUACAGAACCGAAACCCCGAGAAACGCCAUGGCAGGAGCAACAGAAGGCUCAAAGACAAAGAAGCGAAAGCGGAGCUCCUCUGCCUCCUUCACCUCCUCCACGGAUCCCUUCGCAGGGAUCUUCACUCGGAGGAGGUCGGAGAUCUACCUCCACCGCAACAGAUCCGGCCACGUUCGUUCCUAUUCCACCCCAGCAAGAAAACGCAACACCAAUGUCCAGUUGCCUGAAUGGUGCCGGGGAAAUCCUAGGGCAUCCAACAGUGAAGUAUUCGACUAUGAAAUCGUUCGCACCUCAAUCAAGGAUCUUCGCGCCAGACGGGUUUUUUCUCCUGCUUCCGACGAGUGCUAUUCGAAUGGUAACUGUGAUGUCGUAGAAGAUACGGACUUCCAGAAACCUCAAUUAGCUGGUGUAUUCUGUAAAUCGGAGGCAGAGGAAAACGAGGGAAGCGAAGUGGUUAUUGGUUUUGAUUUUCAAUGUACAGAAAAUCAUCAGUUGACUGAGGCAGAAGGUACGAGGGAGUUAUCAGUGGAGUCCUUUCAAGGUGAGAAGCGAUGUAAUGGAGAGAGUGAGAUUUUGAGUGGCGGAGAUGAUUUCACUGAAGGGGUUCAGACAACACCUCCGGAUACUGACGUCUUCUGUAAAUCGAAAGUGGAGGACAAUGGAGAGAGUACAGUGGAGUUUGAUUUACAGAGUAGGGAUUGUAUUGCUGAGAACCCAUCAAGCAUAAGAGUUUCAGACAGUGGUAACUGUGUUGGUGAAGACUUUCCUCGCAUCGACAUGGACAAAAAGGACCAACCCCGCAACACGAGCAGGACGGAUGGCCUUGUUCCGAGCUCACGGUUGAAGCUAUUUAAAACCCCCAAUUCCUUCAGCUACAGAAGAUUGUUGCCAUUUCUUAUGGACAUUGCAAAAGAUAAUUCCACUUCAUUGGAAAUUCGACAAUGCGAGGAAGUUGAGAAAUCUUUGGAGGAAAAUCCUGUCCCACCAUUUUCAGUUUCUUUGUCUCAGGAAAUUCCCCUGGUGGUAAAGAUUGAUCCUUUGCCCGUUGGGCCUCCUUUGGGUUGUUUGGCUUCCGCUCCACCUGGAAAAAGAAGAGAAAUGGUUCCAUUGGAUGAUUCAUCUGGCAUUCAGGGCUCAAAUUUAGUAUCUUUGGGACAACCCAUUAUAGAACCUCCCCUUCAAUGUUUGCCUGAAAGCAACCAGAGGACCAUUGCAGCAAAUGCGGAUCUCAAAAUGCUUCAAUUUCCUGAGACAGGAGUGACCGUUCAGUUGACUGAGGUCUGCUUAGGGCAGCCAGAAAAUAAUCUACACCCAGAAGUUUCAGGAGGUGGUGCUUGUUCCAGUGGUGACUGGUUUCAGACAAUACCCCCUGAUACUGAUGUCUUAUGUAAAUUGGAGGCAGAGGAGAAUGGAGGAAGCAGAGUGGGUUUUGAUCCUCAAUGUGCCAAAAAGCACCAAUUACCUGAGAUGGAAGAUGUAAGGGAGUUGUUAGUGGAGUCCAGUCAAGGAGAUACAAAAAGUAAUGGAGAUGCUAAGAUAUUCGGUGGGGGAGAUGAUUCUACUGAAGAGUGGGUUCAGACAACACCUCCCGAUGACAAUGUCUUCUGCAAAUUGGAAGUGGAGGGGAAUGGGGGGAAUACAGCAGAGUUUGAUUUACAGAGUAGGGGCUAUAUAUUGGAGAAUCCAUUGAGUAGAAGGGCUUCUGACAAUGGUGGUUGUGUUGGCAAAGAGUUUUCCAACGAUAUGGACAAGAAUAACUGUCCCCACACUAAGAGCAGGAUGGAUGGCCUUAUUCCCUGUUCACGGUUGAAGCUAUUUAAAACCCCGAAUUCCUUUGGCUACAGAAGAUUGUUGCCAUUUCUAAUGGAUAUUGCAAAAGAUAAUUCCAGUGCUCUGAAAAUUCACCAUUGUGAGAAAGUUGAAAAGUCUGGGGAGGAGAAGCCUGUCCCUUCUCAGGAAAUUCCCAUGGAAGGGGUGAACACUGACCCUUUACCUGUUGGGCAUCAUUUGGGUUGUUUGGCUUCAACUCCACCUGAAAUAGCAAGAGAAGCUCCAUUGGAUGGUUCAUCUGAGAUUCAUGGCUCAAGUUUAUGGUCUCCUGGACAACCAUCUAUUGAACCUCCCCUUCAGAAUUUGCCUGAAAGAAUUUUUAUGUCCACAUCCAAUGAUUCAAUGAUCAUAACACCACCCAGUUCAUUCAGUGAAUGUUUAUCACAAGUUCAACAAGUUAUGUCAAAUAAUUCUAGCGAGUUGGAAACUCGUAAUGCCAUGGGUUUGAUUGAGAAAGCAGAUCUACCAGCUAAGCGAUCCAUCAGCCCUCAAGCUACAACAAUUAAACAGGAUGCUCUACAGACUUCUUAUUCUUCUACUGGAAUUGAAGAGGAUUGCAUGGCAGCGAAAUUUCAUGCAGAUGUCAAGCCUCAAAAAAUGAUCAGCUUUUGUGAAGGUUCAACGCAAUUUGAAGCUCUUGUACCUUCUCUAAAGCCUGUGGUUGGUCCUACAAAGGGGAUUCUUAAAAGAUAUCCACGAGGAUGCAGAGGGCCCUGCACAUGUCUGAAUUGUUCCUCAUUUCGACUUCAUGCUGAGAGGUCAUUUGAGUUCUCAAGAAAUCAGUUGCAAGAUGCCAAGGAAGUUGCUGCAUUACUGUUGACUGAGCUAAAUUGCUUGAGGAAUCUUCUGGGGAAAUGUGCUGAUGCGUCAAAGGAACAUGCUGUUUUUGAAGUUAGCCAGGUGAAAGAAGCAUGCACGAAUGCCUCCAGAGUUGAAGAAUUGGCAAAAGCUCGCCUACUGCAAAUGAAUCAUGAUCUCGGCAUUCACUGCAGAAUGACUGGCUUGCAGCAGCCAAGAGUAACCUUUGCCAAUUAUGUUGAGACCUGCAGAUUAAGGACUCCAAACAGUGAGGGAGAAGAUAUGGGUCAAGGAGAAUGACAUUUCAUGCUUCCAUAAAAAUGCAGUUGAUUUGUUAGCAAGUCCUUAAUGUUGCUGUAUGGAGUUUGGCUCCAAGAUCAAAAGUUGCUUGCCCAGGAUGACUUAAAAGUAAAAAAGGGACAUACACAUCAGAGCACAGUUAAUACUUUUGGGGAAUAUUUUGGAAGAAAGCUGGAGCUUGGGGGUCCAGAUUUUAGUUUGUAAUUUUAAACUUCUUCAGUGGACUAUGGGGUUGCAUUCGUUCUCGCUUUAAUCAGCAAAGCAGGCAAAUUGAAAAGCAAAUAGAAGGGAAGGGAAUUGCAUUUCGGGAGAAACAAAGAAGGUUUUUACUCUCUUCUUCACAUUGAAAUACUGAGGUUGCUUCCCAGUACCAUCUGACUGUUUAGCUGAUGGACUUAACUGCUUCUCUUCUGUUUUGUUUUCACCUUCCCAUUUUACUUGUAGUGGAAAGGGAAGCUGGUUAAUGAUUAAAAUAUUUUUUUGGAGGGCA